AUGGCCGAAAGUCUGCAAGAGGAGGCAGCCUGUCCAAUUUGUCUGGAUGCUUUCUUCAUUGCCCUCUCCUGUGCCCACACUUUCUGCUUUGAUUGCAUGCAAAGUCGGAUAGAGGAAUGGGAGGAUCUGAAAUUGACCUGCCCCAUGUGUUGAGAAGUCACUGACAACCGUGUUUUGGAGGAAUGGCAAGUUGAAGAACUGGCUCUUCUCAUCUCACAGCAUGGUUCCCUGCUGGAUCAGAGUCUGCACAUCAGUGAUGAGUACUGGAAGUUCUGAGAGGAUGUAACUCUGGAUGCAGACACCGCCAACUCCUUUCUUGUCCUCUCUGAUGACCUAAGGAGUGUCCAGUGUGGGAAGUUCUGCCAAAACCUGAAGGAAGGUCCCCAGAGAUUUGCCUACCAGCCCUGUGUCCUGAGCACCCCGUGCUUCUUCUCUGGCAGCCAUUACUGGGAGGUAGAAGUGGGAGAAGGGAAGGAGUGGGCUCUAGGGGUCUGCAAAAAAUCAGUCAAAAGAAAGAGGAAGAACAGUUUCUCCUCUGAGCAUGGCUUUUGCAUCAUCAGCAUGAAAGCAGGAACAAUCUAUACCGGCUCCAUCCUAGAGACCAGAAUUCCUGCAAGCCCUGGCCUCAGCCAAGUGGGAAUUUUUCUAGACACUGAGUUGGAAGAAAUCAAGUUUUUUGAUGUUAGAAAUGAUGCCCUCAUCUACAUAUACAGCAGUUUCUCCUGUUUGGAGCCUUUGUGUCCAUUCUUCUGUCCUGAGUUGCCAGGAGAAGGUGGUAGUGGCCCCCCUUAUUAUCUGUCCACCAGAAAUUCACCCCUUCCUAGAAGCUUCCUGUGA